CGUCCAGCGCUGCUGCUGCUGCUGAUGCUGCUCAGUCCAGCAAACAGUGUUGCUGUCCAAAAGGUCGUCCCGGGGGAGAAUAUGUGGUUAUUUUGACACUCAAACACAGGUCCUCUCGGAACAUAGUGUGGCCUGCCAGAGGUCAGGAUGGAUUAGCUCUGGCGGAGCGGCAUUGUGUAUAAACACUGACUGACAGCCAGAAGUAGGACGAGGCUGUGCUGCUAGUGGCGUUAGCUAGCGACAGCUCAGCGUGUCAACCAGUCUCACUGCAGCGACAGCCGUGUUUCUGAAGUGUGUGCUGUUCCGUCAGCUGGGGCUGCUGCAGCUCAUGUGUAGCUAUAGUUAUUGCCUCCCAGUGGUGGAAAAAGUGUUCAGAUCUCUCAACGAUUCUUGCGGUAGUUUGAGAUCCUUGAGGGAUUCUCAAAGCAGCAUGGCUCCUAAAGACAUCAUGACCAAUUCCCAUGCCAAAUCCAUUCUCAAUGCAAUGAAUUCACUUCGCAAGAGUAACACACUCUGUGACAUCACUCUGAGGGUGGAGAACACAGAUUUUCCUGCUCACCGGAUCGUCUUAGCUGCCUGCAGUGACUAUUUUUGUGCCAUGUUCACCAGUGAGCUUUCAGAAAAAGGGAAAUCUUUUGUCGACAUUCAAGGCCUCACCGCCUCAACUAUGGAGAUCUUGUUGGACUUUGUCUACACAGAGACUGUCCUCGUCACGGUUGAAAAUGUACAGGAACUACUCCCCGCAGCGUGUUUGCUGCAGCUCAAAGGGGUGAAGAGGGCAUGUUGUGAUUUUUUGGAGAGUCAGCUCGAUCCAUCCAACUGUUUGGGUAUUCGGGAUUUUGCCGAAACCCACAAUUGCCUUGACCUGAUGCAGGCAGCUGAACUCUUCUCCCAGAAACAUUUCUCCGAGGUGGUUCAACACGAGGAGUUCAUGUUGCUGAGCCAGACAGAAGUGGAAAAACUCAUAAAAUGUGACGAAAUACAGGUGGACUCGGAAGAGCCCGUCUUUGAGGCCGUAUUAAACUGGGUCAAACACAACCGGAAAGAGCGAGAGCCUUAUCUGCCAGACAUGCUUGAGUUUGUUCGAAUGCCUCUCCUCACCCCUCGCUACAUAACAGAUGUCAUCGACGCAGAGCCUCUCAUUCGGUGCAGCCUGCCAUGUCGAGACCUUGUUGACGAGGCCAAAAAAUUCCACUUAAGACCAGAGCUGAGGAGUGAGAUGCAGGGCCCCCGCACACAAGCCAGACUAGGUGCCAAAGAAGUCCUGCUGGUUAUAGGUGGCUUCGGCAGCCAGCAGUCACCCAUAGACGUAGUUGAGAAGUACGAUCCCAAAACUCAAGAAUGGAGCUUUCUGCCUAAUAUUGCACGAAAACGGCGCUAUGUGGCAACGGUGUCUCUGCACGAUCGGGUUUAUGUGAUCGGAGGCUACGACGGCCGGUCGAGACUCAGCUCCGUGGAGUGCUUGGACUACACGGCGGAUGAGGAUGGCGUUUGGUACACCGUUGCCACCAUGAAUGUACGGCGGGGCCUUGCUGGAGCCACAACGCUCGGAGACAUGAUAUAUGUUGCCGGUGGGUUUGACGGAAGCCGGCGUCAUACGAGCAUGGAGCGAUACGAUCCCAACAUUGACCAGUGGAGCAUGCUGGGAGAUAUGCAGACGGCCAGGGAAGGAGCUGGUCUGGUGGUGGCAAGUGGACUCAUAUACUGUUUAGGUGGUUACGACGGACUAAAUAUACUGAAUUCAGUGGAGCGGUACGACCCUCACACGGGCCACUGGACCAGCGUGACGCCCAUGGCUACCAAGCGCUCAGGGGCUGGUGUGGCUUUACUUAAUGACCACAUUUACGUUGUGGGAGGUUUUGAUGGCGUUUCGCACCUCGACUCUGUGGAGGUUUACAACAUCAGAACCGAUUAUUGGACCACGGUAGCCAGUAUGACGACGCCUCGCUGCUACGUAGGAGCCACCGUUCUCCGAGGACGACUCUACGCCAUCGCUGGGUACGAUGGCAACUCUCUCCUCAGCAGCAUAGAAUGUUACGACCCGGUGAUCGACUCCUGGGAGGUCGUCACCUCUAUGGCCACCCAGCGGUGCGAUGCAGGGGUUUGCGUUCUGCGAGAAAAGUGAUGUCUCAGAAGCACAAGAGGAAGAAGCAGGUUGGAAGACAGGCAGCUAGACUUUGCUGAAAUGCCACUAAAACAGAACCACAAAGGGAGAUGUUUGAAUGAACGGCUGCAGUCUGAGCGUUCUCUGCAGGAUGGUUACCUCGUCACCAUUCAGACUAUACGACAGGGAUUCAGCCUCACCCCGGUAGACUUCAUCUCCAAGGAGCCCAUCAUCACCCGCAUGACUCUUAGGUGAUACUUGUGUCUGCCUUUAUCUGUGAGAUUAUUUUUUCAUUUUGUCUUCAAAGUGCAAUAUAUAUAUUUUUACUCACUGAAAGAAAGCAAUGGAGUAGUUUCUAGACUCCACGUGCUGCUAUAUGCCUUAUGGCUCUGGCCUACAUCCAACGGUGAACAUUCAUGUUGCCUCCCAUUUGACUGACGGUUACACUACAUUUGCUUUUUGUUGAGUGAACUCAUUCGGCAAUUGCAGGGUCAUUAACGAGUCAACGAUUAAAUCACUUUUGUAAUUUUUCUGUAAACUAUGCUUUUAGAUUUAAGUCACUUUAAAUACAGAAGGUUUAAUACGUACUGUCUCUCUCAGAAGAUAUAUUUAGAGAUGAAUACUGUUUUAGAAAAGAUCGAGUUGUACCACAUGAUUAUUUUGUUCUUCAUUUUGACAAAAUUGAGAAAUAAAAGAAUGAGUUGCAUGUGAUUUUCUUUUCUUUUUUUUAUAAGCCGCCCCGCCUCUGCAUACAGAUUUGGACAUCUAGGAUAUAGACUUUUAAGAUUGCCUGGGAAGAAAAUAAAAACGCUGAAAAAAUGAUGUCUUACCUGUGAUGCACUAAAACGCUUGACGUGUGCUGCAUUUUUCUCUUCACAUUCUGACAUCUGAAUCAGUGGCAUCGCACGUGAGAAAAGAAGCCUCGACCACAAAUCAGAGCCAUCCAGCCUUUUCAUCGCAGCAACUUGUCCUACUCACCAGUCUGUACAAAAUUGAUCCACCAGUGCUAUAAUUGUACCUGCAACUUAAAGGGGAGAUUUUAUUUAAAAAAUAAAAUAAAAGAAUCU